UGCCAAACUUUUUAAUUCUAAUAGACGCCUAGUAAUUCUUGAUAUAAAUGCACCAGGAGUUGUUUCACCGAUCCACAACUCCCUAGUUUAUGUUGAGUAGUCCUGUGAUGGAUUUCCAAAACGUUCCUUGGUUUUCUGUUGUGAUUGCCAGUGUGAUUUUGUAUCUCUUGUUCAAGAGAGUAAGGAAGGAUAAUUCCAAGCCUUGCCUUCCUCCUGGACCUCCACCUUUGCCAAUACUAGGAAAUCUCCUUCAAUUGGGAGGAGAAAAGGCCACUGAGGUUUUCCUAACCCUUUCUCAGCAAUAUGGACCUCUUAUGACUCUCCGUCUCGGCCUGGAAACUGUGAUGGUAGUCUCUUCUCCUGCCAUGGCCAAAGAGGUUCUCAAAACCCAUGAUCAGAAUUUUGCUGGCAGAUGGGUUUUACAAGCAGCCAAGACCCUUGACCAGCACAAAUCCUCAAUAGGCUGGGCCGAUUACGGACCCCACUGGAAGAAGCUCAGGCGUAUUUCCAGUACAGAGCUCAUGACCUCCAAGAGACUCCAAGCUCUGCAACAUCUCAGAAGAGAUGAGAUUUUCCGAACCAUUCGAUUGAUUUUUAAAGACAAGGGAAGGAGUGUGAACAUUGCGCAUACAGUGUUCUAUACCGGUCUUAAUCUGCUAGGCAACAUGAUCUUCAGUUCAAGCGUCUUUGAUCCUAGCGAUCCGGAGUCUGUGGAGUUCAAGGAUGCUUUUUCCCUGUCAAUGAAGCUCGCUGGAACACCAAAUGUUGCCGACUUUUUUCCGUUUCUUGCUUUUCUCGAUCCUCAGCGCCUGUGCUGUAAGAUGGCUGUGCAUUUUAGAAAAGUGCACAAGUUUUUAGAUGUAUUUAUACAGGAUCGACUUGCCAAGAGAAGCCAAAACGUUGAGCAGAGCGGAGAUGCAGACAAAGAUUUUCUAGACGUUUUGUUGGAUUUCAGUCGCCCUGAUUUGACUAUCACAGAUAUCAGACAUCUAAUUUUUGAACUGUUUAUGGCCGGUAGCGACACCACGGCUACUACAAUAGAAUGGGCCAUGGCAGAACUCAUUCUCAAUCCACAUGCAAUGAAGAGAGCUCAACAGGAAUUGGAAGAGGUGGUUGGUCUUGAUAGAAAAGUAGAGGAAAGUGACAUAGAUCGAUUACCAUACCUUCAUGCAGUAGUAAAAGAAGUGUUCCGCUUGCACCCACCCAUUCCACUGCUGGUCCCACACAAAGCUGUAAACUCAUGUGAGGUAGCAGGGUACACAAUACCCAAGAACAGCCAAAUCAUUGUGAACGUGUGGGCAAUUGGAAGGGAUCCUUCCAUCUGGGAAGAACCCUUCAAGUUUAUACCAGAGAGAUUUCUGGAGGGUGAGAAGAGUGAGAUAGAGUACAAGGGGCACGAUUUUGAGCUGCUGCCAUUUGGAGCGGGAAGAAGAAUUUGCAUGGGACUCCCUUUGGCUAAUCGAAUGGUUCAUCUGGUUUUAGCUUCACUUGUUCAUUCCUUCGACUGGACUCUACCUGAUUGCAUGCCUUCGCACAAGCUUGAUAUGAGUGAUGAACUUGGAUCUGCAUUGAAGAAGGCUGUGGAUUUACAGGCCAUUGCCUCUCCACGCCUCCCUCAUCACUUAUAUUAGUACUAGUACUACCUAUUUACUAUUACUAAAUUAGUUUUUAGUUUUCUUUAGAAAUUAUAAAUAGACUAUAAUGUAUGAGAAUAAAUCCAUAACACAUGUGAUUACUUGACUGCUCUACAGCUCUGAAGUAUGUAAGGAAUAUUGCACUUACGGUGUUUUACAUGGAGUUCGAUCUGUAUUUCUAAAAUGACCUUCCCUUUACUAUUCGAUUAGUUGGACGGUAUAUUAUACUGUAUUUUCAAUAUUGUUCCUUGUUACAUGUCUUUUGCUAUUGUUGGCUAUUGCUGCAUAUUGCAUCAACAAUUUUUUA